AUGUUGACCUGUCCAGGCUACCGAGUCGCCAUGGAUGGAAAGGUUUCAGAAUCGACGCGCCUGUCUUUUGUCACCACAGGGUGGCUGCUAAUGUACCUGGCUCAUCGCCCGCAGGCGCUGCGCCACUACACGCACAUUGUGCUUGACGAGAUCCAUGAAAGAGAUCUGGACAUGGACCUCCUGUGCUUGCUCCUGAAGAGAAGCCUCGAGAAGAAUCCAUCACUGCGCUUGGUCCUCAUGAGCGCCACUGUGGAUGCAACUCAGUUCCUGGACUUCUUUUCUGGUCAAGGUGUUCAGGUGGAGCGAAAACCCAUCGUGGUCGGAUCGCGGCGCUUUCCCACGUACCCGUACUUUUUGGAUGACCUGGUGAACGGAGCAUUGCCUGGCUUCAUCCCACGAGUCCGUCUCGACAGGUUUGACAAAAUUGGAGGCCGCGUCGAGGUAAAUCCGCAGCUCUUCGAAGCCUGUGUGGGGAUCGUCCAGGCAGUGGCGAAGCCGGGCCUUUGCGUGCUGAUCUUCCUGCCCGGGCUCUCCGAGAUCGAGCAACUCCACGAGGCCUUCACGGGCUCGACUAGGCGCGACCAAUGCCCGUUGGACUUUCACAUGCUGCACUCGGUGGUGCCCCACGAGCAGCAGAAGAAGGCGCUUCUGCCACCACCUGCUGGCCACUGCAAAGUCGUACUCUCCACGAACAUCGCAGAGUCAUCGAUUACCAUUCCCGAUGUGAGAUAUGUCUUGGAUUUCGGCAUCGUGCGGAAGAUGGUUUUCGAUGAAGAGAGGGCAAUGCAGAGCCUGUGCAACACCUGGAGUUCGCAGGCGACCUGCCGACAGCGCCGAGGGCGUUGCGGCCGGCUGCAGGAAGGGGUCAUCGUUUAUCUGUUCCCCCGCAGCCACUACGACCGGCUUCAAGCAUAUGCCUCGCCAGAGGUUUUGGGAGUGCCUUUGGAGUCCAUCUACCUCAAGAGCCGUGUGCUGCUACAUCAUCUUGGACCUCCGGAGGACUUGCUUCAGCAGCUGAUUGACUCCCCGCCACAGCAGCGGAUUGCUGCAGCUGCGCAGAACCUGCAGGACCUGGGCGCCCUGAAAGCCGAUGGUGAGGUCGCAUCCUUGGGCCGAAUCGCAGUCUUCAUGCCAACAACGAUCCAGCUGACCAAGCUCGUGGUUCUUUCUUGGGCUUUGGGAAUCCCAGGAGAUGGUGUGGUGAUAGCUGCUGCGUUGAGCACACAGGAUGUGUUCAAAAUGGCAGCUCCAGCCAACUGCCGGAAUCUUGAGGACUUCCCUGCACACCUCGCACACAACUACAUCACCCGGGCCCGCUUUGACGACGGACAGUUCUCGGAGCCGAUCAUGUAUAGGAACCUCUACAAGGAGUUCCUUACCGUUUCGAAGACCCAGGCGAGAGCCUACCACAGCUGGCUGGAUCAGAGCUGCGUUUCUGUGAGCCGUAUGAGCCAAUUUGCAGCGUUGGUGGUUGAGCUCGCCACCAAGCUGGGUGCCGCUGUGCCCAGUGCCAAGGCACAUCCAGCACUUCAAGCACUCUCCAGGCUCAAGAGAUCCCAGCAGCUGAAGCCGGAGGAGGUUGAGGGUCUCUUCACGAAGGAUUAUGUGCGCCUGAAAUUUGCCCUGGUGGGGGCAUUUCAGCCGUCCUUCGUGCAAGGUGAGAUCAACACCCAGAACAAGAAUAAGGGGAAGAUCAAUAAUUGCGGCUUCGAUCCCAUGAGGACUUGCCUGUUGCAGCAGAUAAAGCCUGCAGAGAUGGCCGAUGUCAACAACCUUUGGGAGUUCUGCCACAGCUUGGCCCCUACAAAGGAUGUGAGUCUGAAUGACACCGGCAAGAUUGCCUUCAUCGAAUGCGGCGAUGACCGGGAAAUUCAUGUUCCACAAAGUGAUGUGGUGCAUCAAAUGCCGCUGGUCGCACAGCUGUUGCAUCAGUUGAUGCGGCAGCCCUGCAAGUUCAAGGUGCUGUCUGACCAAGGCAUCUGGCACGAAGCUUCGAAGAUUGGUUCUCCAAACUUCCUUAACGGCAUGAAGUGGCAUGUCAACGGAAUGCGGACAAUGGGCUCUCCGUACUGGCGCUCGAACAUGGGUUAUAUGUGCGAGAUGCGCACCAACCUCAAGUGUCACUGGGGCGUUUGCUCGUCCUUGCUCGGAAGAGAAGGUCCUGAUCAGGUGCGAAUCACAGGGCUUACGAUCUUGCCGCCCCCGGGCACGAUGACUGGAGCUCGGAGUAUCGUUCAGAAGCCAACAUGCAGCCAAAUCCUAGGCCUUUGGCCGUCGGGGCCAGGUGACUUCGGAAGGAAUUGCAUGUGGUUUUGCUGCCAUAGCUGUUUUGGGUCAAGUGGCUUUGCUUCCAGAUGUAUUUCGGAUUGUGUAACGUCAUGUUUGUAUUAUCAGUCCGGCCUACUUUUGACGCAGUCGAAAGUAAGUUUAGGACACGGGCAUAGAGAACUAGAGGACGUACAAUCCUUGGUGGGCUUGGGGGGGCCAUUUGUGCGCCGGGCGAAGCAUCGUCAGGCUCCCUGCCCCUAA